AUUGCCAGUGCGGUCGAGGCCAUCCUGACAGCAGAUUCAGCCUCGCGGAAGCAGGAGGUGCAGGCUUGGGACGGAGAGGUUCGUCGUGUUUCCAAACACGCCUUUACUCUGCACCAGCUGCAGAAUGAUGUCCGCAUCCCACCGUGCGGCUGGAAGUGCAGCAAGUGUGACAUGAGGGAGAACCUGUGGCUGAACAUGACCGAUGGAGCCAUCCUCUGCGGUCGGCGGUAUUUUGAUGGCAGCGGUGGCAACAAUCACGCGGUCGAGCACUACCGGGAAACUGGCUACCCGCUGGCUGUGAAACUGGGAACAAUUACUCCUGAUGGGGCUGACGUCUACUCCUAUGAUGAGGAUGAUAUGGUGUUGGAUCCCAACCUGGCAGAACACCUCGCUCACUUUGGGAUUGACAUGCUCAAGAUGCAGAAGACAGACAAGACAAUGACAGAACUGGAAAUAGACAUGAACCAGCGCAUUGGGGAGUGGGAGCUCAUCCAGGAGUCUGGCGUGCAGCUCAAGCCCCUCUAUGGACCUGGGUACACUGGUAUCCGUAACCUGGGCAACAGUUGCUACCUCAAUUCUGUGAUGCAGGUGCUGUUCAGUAUCCCAGACUUCCAGAGAAAGUAUGUGGACAAGCUGGAGAAGAUAUUCCAAAGUGCACCUUCGGACCCCACACAGGACUUCAGCACACAAGUAGCCAAACUGGGCCAUGGACUGCUUUCUGGGGAGUAUUCAAAGCCAGCUUCAGCAGAUGGGGAACAGCAGCCCGAUCAGAAGGGUAUGCAAAAUGGCAUUGCUCCACGGAUGUUUAAGUCCCUCAUUGGAAAGGGACACCCAGAAUUUUCCACUAACCGACAGCAGGAUGCCCAGGAAUUCUUUCUGCACUUCAUCAACAUGGUGGAGAGGAACUGCCGCAGCUCGGAGAACCCUAAUGAGGUCUUCCGUUUUCUGGUGGAGGAGAAGCUGAAGUGCCUGGCCACAGAAAAGGUGAAAUAUACCCAGCGUGUGGACUACAUCAUGCAGCUGCCCGUGCCCAUGGAUGCUGCGCUCAACAAAGAUGAACUACUGGAAUAUGAGGAGAAGAAGCGUCAGGCAGAGGAGGAGAAGCAGCCACUGCCUGAGCUGGUGCGAGCCAAGGUGCCUUUCAGCUCCUGCCUAGAGGCCUAUGGAGCUCCAGAGCAGGUGGAUGACUUCUGGAGCACAGCCUUGCAGGCCAAGUCUGUGGCUCUCAAAACAACACGGUUCGCCUCUUUCCCGGAUUAUCUGGUGAUCCAGAUCAAGAAAUUCACUUUUGGUCUGGACUGGGUACCCAAAAAGCUUGAUGUCUCCAUUGAAAUGCCAGAGGAGCUGGAUAUCUCUGCACUGCAGGGAACAGGGCUGCAAGAUGGAGAAGAAGAAAUGCCAGACAUCGCACCCCCGCUGGUGACACCAGACGAGCCCAAAGGUAGCCUGGGGUUCUAUGGCAACGAGGACGACGACUCCUUCUGCUCCCCUCACUUCUCCUCUCCGACAUCACCCAUGUUGGAUGAGUCAGUGAUUAUCCAGCUGGUGGAGAUGGGCUUUCCCAUGGAUGCCUGCCGCAAAGCUGUGUAUUACACAGGGAACAGCGGGGUCGAGGCUGCCAUGAACUGGGUCAUGUCGCAUAUGGAUGAUCCAGACUUUGCUAACCCGUUAGUUCUUCCUGGAUCCAGUGGACCAGGGUCAACUAUCGCUUGCCCAGACCCUCCCUCAGAAGACAGUGUGGCCACCAUUGUCUCCAUGGGCUUCUCCCGGGACCAGGCUAUGAAAGCGCUUAGAGCCACGAACAACAGUCUGGAGCGUGCUGUGGAUUGGAUCUUUAGUCACAUUGAUGACCUUGAUGCAGAAGCUGCUAUGGAUAUCUCAGAGGGGCGCUCGGCAGCCGAGUCCAUCUCUGAGUCUGUCCCUGUGGGUCCUAAAGUGCGCGAUGGGCCUGGAA